AUGUUCUCCAUGCUCCCAGAUUUGACGCCGAGCGAUUCUCAUUCGCUUUGGUACACCUCCUCCCGCUACCCCCUCGCCCAGCCCAACCCGGAGCUCCUCAGCGCGGAUGCCGCCGCCGCCGCAGCAGGCGGACCCGCCACCUCCUCCCGCCGCCAGAACCAGGCCCUCCUGGAGCGCACGCCGCUGGCCCGCCUGCGCUACGACGAGGCCCAGCAGGCGCGCCGCAAGCUCAACGUCGCCAACUUUGGCGCCGCGUGGCUGCGGCCCCCCGGCGUGGCCAAGACGCUGUACCAGAUGCGCGAGGAGCGCCGGGAGCAGGAGGAGCACGCCGAGGCCAUGCGCCGCGAGCAGCUCGCCCAGCAGCUCGCCGAGGCCGAGGCCGAGGCCGGCGGCAACACCACCAUGGAGGGCAUAGCGCCGCCGCCCGGCGGGAUGAUGCUGGGUCCGGACGGCGAGCCCAUGGACGCCGACGAGAUGGCCAUGGGCAUGGGCGACGAGGAGCGCGACCUCGACGACGAGAUCCCCGACGCGGACCUGUCGGGCGGGUUCGGCUACGACGGCGUGGACAGCGACGAGGAAGGGUCCGACUCGUCGUCCGAGGCAGCGGACGACGACGACGACCGCAGCAACAACGCCGGCGACGCGGGCGGUGCAGGCCAGAGGCGGGAGGUGCGGCACGCGCGCGCCAACGAGGACCGCGUGCGCGAGAUGAUGGCGCGCGGCGAGCACGGCCAGGCCGCCGAGGACGCGUCCGAGAUGUACGGCGCCGAGGCGGGGGACCUCGACGACGAGGACGCGGCGCAGAUGCUCGAGGAGGACGACCUCGUGCGCCUGCACCCGCGCCGCGGGCUCGAGACGGGCGCCGGCGGGCUAGGCGGGCUCGUCGGCGACGACGACGACGACCACAUGGACAUGGAGGCCGACCUCGACGACGACAUCCCCUCGGCGGCCUCGGGCGGCGGGCUCAGUCUCGGCGGCUACGAGCACACGGAUACCGAGGCCGAGCUGAGCAGCAGCGAGGACGGCGGCAAUGCCGGCCACCAGGAGUCGAGCUGGGUGGCGGCGACGAGGGCGCCGCAGCGCGGCAACACGGCGCGGUUCCGGGGCAGCCUGACGCGGAGCGAUCGGAACAGCCUCGACAUCAGCGGGUUCCUGUCCCGGGACGGCAGUAGUGUCAUUGGGAGCAGUCCUCAGAUGCGGCGGCGGGGUUGA